ACAGGGGGUGGAAACAUGAACGCAUGUGGAUAUAAAUAUAGAAUAAUAUGUGUACGCUGCUUUCGAUAUCUGCUGCAUGCGUAGCGUAGUUCUGAUCUGUCGAAAUGUCCUCUCCAGGAUCCAUGCAGGAGCUACAGGAGGGGUCAGUGUGCCCACUUUGUGCCUGCUAUUUUGAGGAUCCUGUGACCACAGAGUGCGGGCACAGUUACUGCCGGGGCUGCCUGGUGACCCACGCUGGCAGAAAACAGAGUACUAGUGGGCAGCUGAUAUGUCCGAAAUGUGGGCGAACCAUGAGCUGGAAGGGGGUGACCACAGAUGUCCAACUUGGAGUGACCACCCGCAUUGCCCGUCGCCUUAAUCUCCCCGCACCACCCAAGAGAAAGAAGUUUGGGGCACAGGGUUUACAAUAACAAUAAGAGAAGACUGCAGAAUAUCCCUACUCUGAGAGGCCUGCAGACCAUCACCUUUGUGGGAGGAUGGAUGAAUGGCUGGCUUUCGGGAGAGUGUCCAUUGCCAGCGACAGAUCCUCAUUCCUAAUAUUUAUGUCUCUGAAUAUUUAUAUACGCUCUGUAUU